AAAUUAGUUGCAGAAUAAGCCUCAGUUUUCACAUUGAGAAACCCUAUUUGACUCCUCCAUAUACUCAAACUCACCCAAUAAAAACGCCCACCUUUCCCUGGAAUCUAUCCUACUUUUCUUAUAUAUAUAUAUAUACACACACACACGCACACACACACAUAAAUAUCUCUCAUCCUCUUUAGUAAAUAUAUAUACGUGUAGAGAAAACCAAACUGGGUUUUCUUUACUGGCUUGAACGUUUUUUGGUUCACUGGCUUUCAUCAUGGAGAGUAACUCCUUGCCCCAGCAAAAGCCGAAGCCUUUGACACGUCUCAACGCUUUUGUAGCCAAGAGCCGAGUCGGCAAGCGAUUCAAGCUCGAUGAACGCAAUUCAUCUUUCACCACCGAGUUACGAGCCGGCACUGCAACUUUUCUCACCAUGGCGUACAUUUUAGCCGUCAAUGCUUCCAUUCUCGCCGACUCUGGUGGCACCUGUAGCGUUGCUGACUGCGUACCGCUUUGUUCUGACACUUCUAUCCCUGUCUCCAACUGUACCGGGUCCUCUCUCCGGGUCGUUCAGCCUGAUGAGUCAUGCAAAUUCAACCCGGUUAAUCCGGGUUACUCUGAAUGUUUGGAUAAAGUUCGUAAAGAUCUUAUUGUAGCCACUGUGGCUUCUUCUCUCAUUGGAUGUUUAAUAAUGGGUGUCUUUGCAAAUUUGCCCCUGGCCUUGGCUCCUGGUAUGGGCGCCAACGCUUAUUUUGCUUAUACUGUUGUCGGGUUUCACGGGUCGGGUAAUGUUUCUUACAAGAGUGCCUUAACAGCUGUUUUUAUUGAAGGUUUAAUCUUUUUAUUCAUUUCUGCAAUUGGGUUCAGAGCAAAACUUGCUAAACUGGUUCCCAAACCGGUUCGGAUCAGUUCCUCAGCCGGUAUUGGGCUAUUCCUAGCUUUUAUCGGGUUACAAAAUAACGAAGGAAUCGGGUUAGUCGGGUAUAGUUCAUCAACUUUAGUGACCCUUGGAGGCUGUCCCAGCUCCGCUAGAGCUGCACUGGCUCCCGUUAUAACGGCAGCUAACGGAACAGUCAGUUUAAUCCAAGGCGGGUCAGUUUCCGACGACAUUUUUUGCCUCCGGGACAGGAUGGAAAGCUCCACACUGUGGCUUGGCAUUGUUGGGUUUGUUAUAAUUGCCUAUUGUUUAGUGAAAAACAUAAAGGGGGCAAUGAUCUACGGGAUAGUUUUUGUAACGGCAGUUUCUUGGUUCCGUAACACAAAAGUAACGGCCUUUCCUAAUACCGAGGCUGGAAAUACUGCUCAUGAGUACUUUAAGAAAGUGGUUGACAUACAUGUAAUUGAAAGUACAGCCGGAGCACUGAGUUUUAAAAGCAUAGGCAAAGGGUAUUUUUGGGAAGCUUUAGUAACGUUUUUGUACGUAGAUAUAUUGGACACAACAGGGACAUUAUAUUCAAUGGCUAGAUUUGCCGGAUUUACAGACGAAAAUGGUGAUUUCGAGGGCCAAUAUUUUGCCUUCAUGUCGGAUGCCAUGUCAAUUGUUGUGGGUGCGCUUCUUGGCACGUCACCCGUGACAACAUUCAUAGAAUCGUCAACAGGCAUCAGGGAAGGAGGACGAACAGGAUUGACAGCAUUAACGGUGGCGGCGUAUUUUUUUCUAGCAUUGUUUUUCACACCGUUGUUGGCAUCGAUACCCGCUUGGGCAGUAGGGCCGCCAUUGAUAUUGGUGGGGGUGAUGAUGAUGAGAUCAGUGGUGGAGAUUGAAUGGGAUGAUAUGAGGCAAGCUAUCCCAGCUUUCAUAACAUUGAUGUUGAUGCCUUUAACGUAUUCAAUUGCUUAUGGGUUGAUUGGUGGAAUUGGUACAUACAUUGUGUUGCAUAUUUGGGAUUGGGGUGCAAAUUUUCUUGCAAAGCUUGGUGUUGGCAAGGAGAAAACUAGUGGGCCAAUUGAAAUUGGUAGAGAAGUUCAAUUGAAUGGAAAAACAAAUGAAAUUGUUUAGGUGAAAAUAAUGGAAUUAUGUAUACAUUUGGAAUGUUUUAAACGUCUUGGUCUCUUUUUUUCAAUUUAGAUUUCUUGUAGAAGGAAGACAUUUGAGCAGAUGGGUCCAUAAAAAGAUUGUAAAUAAUAAUAUUUUAUGUAAUUUUAUGGGUUCUUCCUUUAUAG